GCACUGCAACACUGUAAACAGAUGUGCGAUGGCCGAUUUACCUGAAAAUCUACAAGUGAUUAAACUGGAACCUCCAGGAACGCCGGAGAAGUCCAACAUCAAGGAACGCCUAAAUCUGCACGUGAAGCGACGCUUGCAGCAGGAGAUACCAGAGACGCCACACAACGACAUUGCCACAGCCACAACUAACAAACGUUGCAAGGCAACUUCUUUGCCACAAUCCAAAGAAGUCCAAAAAUCUCGGAAGCCUUAUCAGAAGCGAGUCGAAAAAGUUAAGACUGAUAGCAGCAAGUGCAAAAAAGCACAAUCAACGUGUGCCGCAGCGGAUCUGGAGACAUUCGAAGAAUCAGCGGAUCAUGAGGCCUCGCCCGAAACUUCAGACUCGAAGAAUUUAAGCCGAGAUCGCUAUAAAAAUGCUGAUAUACUGAACAUCGUGUUAAGCAGAAAGAAGCGAGCACUAAUGCAUAAUCCGCAGGUGCAAUUAUUCUGGUCUCAAAUUAUGUCGGCACUCAACGACUAAAUUAUGUUUCAUGAUGAUUUACUGUAGCACUCUACGUAUUCCAUGCGUAUUCCUUGCAGAGCGUAUUAUAAAUUUGUCGGAAUAUGUUGCUAUGUCGCAAAAGUCUGGAUCGGAUACUACAUCCAUAUAUGUAAUGGGAACGCUCACCCAAAAAUCCACUUUUACGAGUAGUAUGAAAAACUGUUAAUUCUUGAGAUAUUUAUAAAUAAUCUCACAUAUUGUGUAUUGUCUUAUACAUCCCGAUCAAAUUUCAUUACAAUCUGCCUUAUAUGUCAUAUAGCAUCCUUAGAAACGAUCGGGGAGAAAUUAUCAUUGAUUUGAAAAUCUUUGUUGUUUUUUUAAGAUUGCUUGAAUAAUUAUAUUGCAAUAAUAUGAAUUUGAUAUUGUGUUAUACACCCUGUUAAAUGAAUAAUUUUAUCUGGGAUCAAAUUUAUU